AUGGCGGCCUCACAACCAUCAUGGCGCAUCGCCAUCGGCUGCGAUGACGCCGGUGUCAGCUACAAGGAGGCCAUCAAGGCCGAUUUUGCCAAGGACAGCCGCGUUGCCUCUGUCGUCGACGUCGGCUCCGACGGCAAAGAGGACAAGACCGCCUACCCCCACAUCGCCGUCCGCGCCGCCAAGCUCGUCGCCUCCGGCGAGGUCGACCGUGCCGUCCUGAUCUGCGGCACUGGCCUCGGCGUCGCCAUCUCCGCCAACAAGAUCCGCGGCGUGCGCGCCGUCACCGCCCACGACUCCUUCUCGGUCGAGCGCGCCGUGCUCUCCAACAACGCGCAGGUGCUGUGCAUGGGCGAGCGCGUGAUUGGUCUGGAGCUGGCGCGGCGGCUGGCGCGCGAGUGGCUGGGCUACGUCUUUGACGAGACGAGCGCGAGCGCGGCCAAGGUGAAGGCCAUCGGCGAGUACGAGACGGCAGCGGGCGGCAUUGGCGUCGGCCCCACGGAGACGGCGACGGCAGCAGAUGGCUGCUAA